AUGCUGCUGAAUCAGUCCCCUCGGGGGUCUUUCAGUGUUCCUGUUAACAUCACCCUGCAGGGUGCGCGGCGGCGACACAUGCGGGAUGUUAUCCACCAGCAGGCCCAGCUGCAGGAUUCUGGGGGGAACUGGAGGAAAGAGAGGGAGUUGAAGUGCAACGAGAAAGCCCGAGCUCAAAUCCCAGACUCCAGCGUUGGAGAAGACAGAGCCGUCCUCCUAGGCUUCCUCAUGAUGGCCUGCUCCAUCCUCAUGUACCUGAUGGUGGGAAUCUUGAUGGUCAAACCGUGCAUCCAUAGUGAUUGGAUAAGUUCUGUGAACUGCUCACUGGUGCAGACUGAGUUGUCGGAUGAAGUGAUGGACUGCCGUGGCAUUGUUAACUUCAAAUGUCUGCGUGCUUUGGUAAACAUCACAACCUCUGACAAAACGUCCUCGCUUCAACUUUACUACGAUGAAGACGCUGUGAAUUCCAGGCUAAAAACAAACUCUUUCUCCCAGUGUUUCUACACUCCCAAAUGCCAACGAAACAAGACGGAACAAGAAACCGAGGCCCGUAACAUCAAAGAAGCGUUAAUUACGCAAAGGGAAAACAUGACAUGCUUUAUCAGCCCUUCACACCCAGAAGAUGCCAUCUGCAGGAGGAAAUAUAACAUAGAAAUGGCCCUGUAUUACCUGCUGUGGCCCAGCCUCAUGUUGUUUGGCGGGAUCGUCCUGGUGGGACUAGUGAAGCUCAACCAGCAUCUGGCUUUCCUCUGUUCUGAUAUCAGCAUCAGGGAUGCGUAUCUGGACAAUCAGAGUAACCUGGUGGAGGGAAGGAUCUACCGGCUCUUAAAAUGCAGAUCUGGAGAACCCACAGAGCAGCAUAAACCACUUAGCUAGAAAAUUACCCAAUCCAAACACUACUGGAAUGGGAAAUGUAGCAGAUAUAAUGUCUUUAUUCUAUGCCUUAUGAUAGUAAAGGGAUAGUUCACACUAAACUGAAAAUUAUGAGAUAAUUUAAUCCAACCCAGGCUCAUUCUGAAAAUGUACCCCUAUCUAAAAUUCUGGAGAAUACCAAAUACGUCCCAGGAGGUACAUUUUUUGCUGUUUUUGUUUUCGCAAAUCUGCAAGGCCGCUGUGUAUGCUUUUUGAGAUCUCAAAUUUCUCUCGCAAGUGCCAUUCGUGCCUGCUGUU